AUGAAAACAGAAGCAAUGGUCAAGGGGAAUCAGACAACAGUGACUGAGUUCAUUCUCCUUGGUUUCACAGAUCAUCAAGAGACACAGGUAGUCCUCUUUGUGCUCUUCCUGGCCAUCUAUGUGGCCACCCUGGUGGGGAACAUCGGCAUCAUGACGUUAAUCUGGAUCAGUCCCUCUCUGCACAGUCCGAUGUACUUUUUUCUCAACAAUCUGGCCUUCCUAGACCUCAGUUACUCCUCUGCCAUUACUCCCAAGAUGCUGGCCAGUUUCUUAACAGGAAGGAAAACUAUUUCGCUUGCAGGAUGCAUUGCGCAAAUGUAUCUGUUUGCUUCCUUUGCAGAUGCGGAAUGCCUCCUGCUGGCUGCCAUGGCGUACGACCGCUACAUGGCCAUUUGUAACCCGCUGCUUUAUCCGGUUCUCAUGUCACGCAAGGUUUGUGUCUGGCUAGUAGCUGGCUCCUAUCUCACAGGUGGCAUGAGCUCAUUUAUGCACACUUACUUUACAUUCCGCCUCUCCUUCUGCAAUUCCAAUGUCAUCAAUCAUUUCUUCUGUGACAUCCCUCCUCUGUUGGCCCUCUCCUGCUCCAACACCCACUUCAAUGAAAUCCUGCUCUUUGCCCUUUGUGGAUUCAUCCAAACGAGCACUUUCGUGUUCAUCCUUAUUUCUUACGCCUGCAUCCUUUGCACCAUCCUAAGGAUCCACUCAGCAGAAGGCCGCCACAAAGCCUUUUCCACCUGCACGUCCCACUUGACAGCUGUCACUUUGUACUAUGGUACUCUUCUCUUCACAUACUUGCGCCCAAGCUCCAGCUAUACUCUGGACACAGACAAAAUAAUCUCAGUGUUUUAUACUGUGAUUUUCCCCAUGUUGAACCCAUUGAUCUACAGCUUGAGAAAUGAAGAGGUGAAGGAUACCCUCGGCAAAAUAUUGCAAAGGAAAGUGAUGGUACUCAGAGGUCGAUAG